UAGGCGACGGACCGGAACCGGAACUAGACAGGAGCGAUGGCGAAGCGCCUAGUGAAUUAUGUGAGAAUUUAAGAGUGUUACUGCUUUAUUUAAGAUUUUAAAGGGAAUUCGGGUAUAUUUUUUUAAAUCGGCUUUUUAAGUUUUUCCUUUUAAGGGAAGGAUGAGUGCAGAAGCAGCAGACCGGGUGGCUGCUGUGAUCAUCGGCCGGCCCAGCACGCCUCUUCAGAUCUCCUGGUUUGAGUUCCUCCUGGACAACAGCUUGCUGGAAAAACAUCUACAGAAACCCAAUGCUGACCCAGCGCCAAUGCAGCUCAUCGUUCAAUUCUUGGAGCAGGCAUCCAAGCAGUCGGUAAAUGAGCAGAAUUUGGUGCAGGCUCCAGCAGACAACCGCAGGAACCGCACCCUAAAGCUGCUGGCACUCAAAGUAGCUGCACACAUGAAAUGGGAUCUGGAUGUCCUUGAGAAAGGGUUGACCAUUCCGGUGUUGAACAUGUUGCUGAACGAGCUGCUGUGUGUGAGCAAAGUGCCGCCAGGGGUGAAACAUGUGGACCUGGACCUCUCCACCCUGCCCCCCACCACUGCCAUGGCUGUUAUCAUCUACAACCGCUGGGCCGUCAGAACUAUUGUGCUGAGCAGCUUUCCAGAGAAGCUGACAAAACCAGGACCUCACCAGAUGAACAUGUUAAGCAUCGUUCAGCAGGAGAAAGAAAUGACUGAUAACAUCCUUACUGUGCUCAAGGAGCAGGCAGCUGACUCCAUCAGCGUUCUGGAAGGGGCGCUGCGUCUCAAAAGAGACUUUUAUGUUCACACGCUGAGGACUCUGGAGCUGCUGGCUGCAGACGCUGCUGCUAACGGAGAAACCGAGUCCUCCACUGCAGGGCUUUGUAUCAGCGCAGAUGAGCUGCACUGCCAGGUCCAUUAUGAUUUAGGAGGUAUUUUCUUCCAUCAAGGGUGCACAGACCAGUCAGCCUAUGAGAAAGCUCGUGAGCAUUUCAGACAAACAAAGGAGAUUUUAAAGAAGUUAAGUGUGACUGUCCAUGUCCACCUGGAUGAGAAGCGCCUGGCAGGUUACUGGAAUGCUUGUAGAGCUUUGACUGGAGACUGCGACCCGUCUGAUCCCCACACAACGCCCUACGAUCAAAUUAACAGUCUGAUCCGAGCGCACAACCAUCAGGCUGUCAUUGAAGCCUUCAUCAAAGACAACACAUCCCACAGUCUGCCAAACCACUUCAGACGCUCGGUUCUCAGAGAGUUUAUGUACAAAGUCCAGCAAGGAGAGUCUGGCCUGGGGGAGUUCUGUCACAAGCUUUGCAUCUGCAAUGCCGUCCGAGACGCCCUGGAAGGAGAAGUCCUCAGUGUGCGCUUCCAGCAGCUUCUCCUCAAACCCAGUAGAAAAAUGUUGGAUUUCAUUUUGGAGGUGUGCACUCGCUCUCUGAAAAGAGACUGUCUGUCAGAGAUGUCCAGAAGAAACAUGGCUGGCUUCCUGAAGACUUUGUGUGAAGGCCUUGAGGACCUGUCUCUGGUGUUUGUGGUGUCCUCUCAUCAGCUGUUCCUGGACCUGCUGAAGGAGGAGGAGAGGAAGGUCCUGGUGGAGCGGAUGAGGAAGAGGUCAGCCACCAUCAGCCUCAGUGCCAAACCCUUGCCUUCGUUUUAUGACAUUCCAGCUUCAGCCAGUGUCAACAUCGGCCAGCUGGAGCAGCAACUGAUCCUUUCACUGGAUCCUCGCAGGAUCAGGCAGAUCCUCAUUGAACUCCACGGCAUGGCCGAAAGACCCUUCUGGAGAGUCAAUAGCAAGUGGGAGGUUCCUCCAGACUACAUUAGUGUGAUUCUUGGCAUUAAGGACAACCUGACCAGAGACCUGGUGUACAUCCUCAUGGCUAAAGGUCUCCACUGUAGUUCAAUUAAGGACUUUGUCCACGCCCGGCAGCUGUUCUCUGCCUGCCUGGAGCUCGUCACAGAGUUUUCUCCAAAGCUCAGGCAGGUGAUGCUCAACGAGAUCCUGCUGCUGGAAGUCCGAGCUCACGAGAGUUUGGCUGCUGAGGGCAGCAAGGAUCGCCCUCCCCCUGACCUGGUCAGCAGGGUCCGAGGAUACCUGGAGAUGAGGAUUCAUGAUCUGCCCCUGCGUCAGGUGGUGGGGGAGGAGUGUGUGGCUUUCAUGCUCAACUGGAGGGAGACCGACUACCUGACGCUCCAGGUUCCUCCAUCUUUGGUCAUGAACAACCCCUAUAUAAAGGUUGGCCAGCUCCUGGCGUCCACGUGUAAGGAGCUUCCAGGUCCCAAAGAGAGCCGGCGUACAGCCAAGGAGCUGUGGGAUGUGGUGGUUCAGAUCUGCAGUGUCUCCGUUCAGCACAAGAGGAACAGCGACGGCAGAGUGGGCCUCAUCAAGCAGAGGGAGUCCUCUCUGGGCAUCAUGCACAGGAGCAAAUUCAUCACAUUUAUCAAGAAGCUUCGAGAGCCACUGGUGCUGACGACACUCAUCUCCCUUUUUGUCAGACUCCACAGUAUAGUGCGGGAUGACAUUGUGAAUGAAGUGACAGCAGAACACCUCUCCAUCUGGCCGUCCACUCUGCCUAACAUUCAGGCUGUAGAUGUGGAGGCUGUGGCUGUAACCGUCAAGGAGCUGGUGUCCUAUGCUUUAAUACUGAAUCCCAAUAACCAGUCAUGGCUCAUCACGCAGGCUGACAUCUACUUUGUGACCAGUCAGUACUCUGCUGCACUCAACUUUUACCUCCAGGCUGGAGCCGUGUGUUCAGACUUCUUCACCAAACCUGUCCCUCCUGAUGCCUACACAGACCAGGUUCUGAAGAGGAUGAUCAAGUGCUGUUCAAUGAUGAACUGCCACACACAGGUUGCAGUUUUGUGCCAGUUUCUGAGAGAAGUUGAUUACAUGACAGCUUUUAAAGCUCUCCAGGAGCAGAACAGCCACGAUGCCAUGGACUCAUUCUACGACUACAUCUGGGAUGUGACAAUUCUGGAGUACCUCACUCAUAUUCACCACAAACGGGGCGAAACGGAGAAGAGACAAAUAGCCAUCAAAGCGAUUGGGCAGACGGAGCUCAACACCAGCAACCCAGAGGAAGUGCUGCAGCUGGCUGCACAGAAGAGGAAAAAGAGAUUCCUGCAGGCAAUGCUCAAACUCUACUGCUGAUGCAGAAGAGCUGCCAUUUUACUGCAGGAAGGGACGAAUAUGUUCUUUAUUUUCUAGAAGUAAAAAAGCUGUUUGUAUUAUCAAUAAAUGUUUUGUGUUAACACU